UCAAAAACUCCUCCGAGCUAGACUUGCUACAUCCAGAGCCAGCUAUGUAUACAGUGUCACGAGUGAGUGUCUGCCUCUAACCUAGCCGCGCGUUGGGUUUAGCUGGUAGCCCCAGCUGCUUCCUGGCUGGAAAUCUACCUGUUGGAUAGAAUUACACGGCGAAAGCGGAAACGUCGAACCGGUGCCAACACAUGAUCGACUUUCUUUGUUUCGUGGGAACGGAAAUGGACCGGCAAAUCCAUGUCCCUCUCUCCAGGACUGGUCGUCACAAGAAUAACGGGAUAGCAAGAGGCUUUUAUCGAGCGCUUUCAUCGAUUGCGUGUGCACAUGAGAAAAAUUAACCAGGGCCAGACGGGCUGCUCACUUAUAUGCGUGGUAGCGGCCGCCCGUCCUUCUCUCUUCCACUCAUCCAUUUCUCGUUAUCUCCACUCAUUUUUAAUUCCUACACCUCAUAGCUCUUUAAUAACGAUGAAGCUUUCAGGCUUGUUAACCUCGGUGCUCGCUCUGUCGACUGCAGUUCUGGGCGCUAAGAAGGCAGCGUCGGCCGACGACUUCAAGCAUGACGACCUGGUCAAAGUCGAGUGUGCCGAGAUUGGCGAGCAGGGCCGCGAGCUGAUGAACCCCGACGGCGGCUUCCGGUGGUUGAGUCCGACGUGUGUGGAGUCCCGGCGUGCUCUGUCGUUCUACUAUGGCCGAGACGGCCCAACCCAGUGCUCAGUCAAGGCCGAAGACAAGUUCCACGAGCAGAUGCUGCGCGCGCUGUCGUUCAACCGGGCGCUCAAGUGCCGUAUCCCGCGCAACAAGCUCACGUUCACACAGUACCUGGAGGUUCCUCUGCAUAUCGACGGUGUGCGUGUGCGCGGCGGAUCCAAGCUCAAGCGGAUCUCAGGCAACUUCAAUGCCGUCCUGCACGGCGAGAAGGGCACCCUGGUUGCUGCCGCUAUGUACCCAGUCGUCGACCACCCGCUGCCUGAGACUGUCAGCGGUGUGACUACCAUGCAGAUCAACCUGCGGUGGUACGAGGGUUCUGCCAUGACUCUGCUGAUGUCGAACAAGCGCCAUGAGGAGGACUUCAUUAUCCAGCCCAUUGUUGCCCUCAUGUUCUGCAUUCUGACUGCAUGCGCUGUCUAUGUCGUCGGCCGUGUCUACGUCGAGAGCUCGCUGAUCCCGCGCGUGCUGAAGGAGGAAACCGACCGCAAGGCUAAGGCCAGGAAGGAGUUUGAGGACUCGGUCAAGAAGGAGACCAAGAAGGACAAAUGAGCAGGCUUUCUCGGCCUAGGCUGACUCGGCGCCGCUUGAUCAAUAAGCGCUAAUCGCUUGCACAGUAUUUGUCUCGCAGGGCAUUGCAAAAAAAGCAUUAGGUGCACGAAAGAGGGUCUUUAGGUGUUUAUUGGUGAUGGCAAGACUUUACAAAAAUAUAGAGGGCCAACGAAAGACCGAGCGCAUACUGCAGCUGGUCUCAGUCUCUCUGCGUGAGCAGUCGGUUGGACAAUGGCAUCAGAGAAGGUUGGGCAAGAGGAAGAAUAGGAACAAAGCUGUGGCGCACAGCCCGACAUAAAGGGGCUAAAUGCACAACUCGUGGUAGCC